AACUGUCAGUGUUCUCUCCAUAUAACUCCCAGCUAUGACCUGCAUAAUGGAGCGGAAUUAUCUGUCCAAGUAAAACACCCGGCACUGACAUCUCCGGACCUCGGUACGCAGGACACUCAACGUCAUCGGAGUCCCUCCCAAGUUGUUGUCCAUCAUGUGCCCAGAACGUGUCAUCCAUGAGGAGCAGCUGACACUGACCUGUCCAAUCAAUGGCUUCAAACCACGAGCUUUGUCCAUCACCUGGCUGAAGAGGGACAAGGACAACCGAAGACACUGAUCUGGUGACAUGGAAUGCUGGGAGUGACACCACUCACACGGAGAGAUAUUCACACUUUCUAAAGGAACAUGAACAUGACGAUAACUCCUACAGCUUUAUCAGUGCUCUGACCAUGAAACCAACGGUGACAGAAGAUGACGGAGCGACGUAUAUCUGUAGAACCUUCCACCCUGCUACACAUCACCAGGAGGAAAGGGAGCAGAUCCUCAAUGUGACCGCGGUUCCCUCCCUGGACUCCAUAGUGAAGGGUCAGGACAAUGUCUGUGUCGGUGAGAAGUUGGAUCUGCGCUGUAAGAUUCAUUCCUUUUUACCCGCCGAACAUACAAGUCACAUGGUACACGGAAGAUGACGUCAUGUUACCAUCAUACACCACUGACCCCCUCCCAGGCAAUGAGGGACUCUAUCAUACCUCCAGCACUUGUAGUUACACGGUAACAGUGAAGGAUCUAGGGAAGGAUUUCCGAUGUCGGGUUCAGCAUGUCAGCCUAUCGAGACCGACACACGUGACCUGGACCCUGAGAGAGAUAUUAUCUCCGCCCACUCUGGGGGACAUCCAGUGUGUCCCUGCACAGCCCCAGCCUGGACAGCCGGUGACCUUUUCCUGUAUGAUCAGUGACAUGUAUCCCGGGGAACCUGGCAUUCAGUGGACAUGGAGUGCAAAGGAAUUGUCUGAGCCGGACUGGACAGAGAACGUCCAGCAAAACCCGGAAUCCAAGAUGUUCUUCGGAACCACAGAGCUGACACUCAUUCCGGACACUAAACAUCAUCUCUCUGAAAUCAGUCUGGACGUCAGACAUCACACAAAACGUUUUACAAAGAAGACAUUAAUCAAUUUUAAAGGUCUCUAUGUGCUCAGUGAGAUCUCCAGUGACCCCCGUAUACCGGAUUAUGGACGUCCUGUGACCAUGCGCUGUGAUGUGGCUGGCUGUGAUCCCGGACACACCCCUGAGGUCACCUGGUCAGAGAGAGGAAGAGAACUGGGGAAACACCAGCAGAGAGUGACCCGAGGCAGCGGAGACGUUCUGUCCUGUUCUCUGACGAUCACACCUACAGCUCAGGAUUAUGGGAAGGUCUAUACCUGCAGUGUGACACAAAGGGGCAUGCAGCCUAUCACAAAAGACAGUGUCUUGAGCCUUCCAGAGAGACCGCCCACAUUAUCGGACAUUAUCGUCCAUCCAAUGAGAGUGGCAGCCAAUCAGAAAGCCUCAUUCAAGGUAACAAUAUCCGGAUUCUCCCCCCGAGACCUACAAAUAAAAUGGUUUAAGGAGUUCAGCACCUUCCCCCAAUCUGAGGUGACAAUAUUGGAUCCAGAGAUCGGAUCGGACGGUCUGUAUAAAUCUUCCAGCACGCUGACCUUCACCCCGAAGAUGACCGAUGAUAAAACGUCCAUCCGGUGUGAGGUGACACACAGUCAGUCCAAGAUGGUCCGAGAGAAGAGAUAUACUCUGCACCUGACAGGUGAGAUCCCCGUGUAUCCUUCAUAUGACCGAAGAAGAAGUUCCAUAUACGGGAGAUUAAAUGUGUGACGGAGCGCCCCCGGGUGGGGGAGGAGGUCACUCUUGUAGCAUACAUUGAAGAGUGUCAGGCGGACAGUGCGGAGUUCUCCUGGUAUACAGGAAUGUAUUCUAUUGAUGGAGAAAUAGAGAACAGACAGGACGGCACCAACUGUACAUCCACCGUCACCUUCACACCGGAGGAAUCAGACUGUCCAAUCAAAUUGGAGGUGUUUUAUAAUUAUCAGACUGUAGAGGGAUCCUUGAGACUGCCACUGGUGUGA